AUGGGACUCCUAAACUCUUCAGAUAAGGAAAUUAUCAAAAGGGCUCUACCAAAAGCGUCGAAUAAGAUUAUUGAUGUUACGGUGGCUCGACUAUACAUUGCAUACCCUGAUAAAAAUGAAUGGCAGUACACUGGACUUUCAGGAGCUCUUGCUCUAGUAGACGAUCUUGUGGGGAAUACUUUUUUUUUGAAAUUAGUUGACAUCAAUGGCCAUAGAGGAGUUAUCUGGGACCAAGAAUUGUAUGUGAAUUUUGAAUACUAUCAAGACCGUACUUUUUUUCAUACAUUUGAGAUGGAAGAAUGCUUUGCAGGUUUAUUGUUUGUAGAUAUUAAUGAAGCAUCGCACUUUUUAAAGAGAGUUCAAAAGCGUGAAAGAUAUGCUAACAGGAAAACUUUGUUGAACAAAAAUGCUGUAGCAUUAACCAAGAAAGUAAGAGAAGAACAAAAAUCUCAAGUGGUGCACGGCCCAAGAGGGGAGUCAUUGAUUGACAAUCAAAGGAAAAGAUAUAAUUAUGAAGAUGUGGACACAAUUCCAACUACAAAGCAUAAGGCUCCUCCCCCUCCUCCGCCAACGGCCGAAACAUUUGAUUCAGACCAAACAAGUUCAUUUUCCGAUAUCAAUUCGACAACAGCAUCCGCACCGACUACCCCAGCCCCUGCUCUUCCUCCUGCAUCUCCUGAAGUAAGAAAAGAAGAAACGCAUCCAAAGCAUAGUUUACCGCCUUUACCAAAUCAGUUUGCGCCAUUACCAGACCCUCCACAACAUAACUCUCCACCUCAAAAUAACGCGCCUUCGCAACCCCAAAGCAAUCCAUUUCCAUUCCCAAUUCCUGAAAUUCCCUCGACACAGUCUGCAACAAACCCAUUUCCAUUUCCGGUACCUCAGCAGCAGUUUAAUCAAGCUCCUUCAAUGGGCAUACCACAGCAGAAUAGGCCCCUUCCACAGUUGCCUAACAGAAAUAAUCGGCCUGUGCCACCUCCUCCGCCAAUGCGUACCACUACUGAAGGUUCAGGUGUUCGCCUACCUGCUCCUCCACCUCCGCCAAGGCGUGGGCCAGCACCACCGCCUCCACCACAUAGGCACGUAACCAGUAAUACCCUGAAUUCUGCCGGUGGAAAUAGCCUCCUUCCACAGGCCACUGGAAGAAGAGGGCCAGCACCACCACCUCCUCCAAGAGCAUCUCGCCCCACACCAAACGUUACGAUGCAACAAAAUCCACAACAGUACAAUAAUUCUAACCGCCCCUUUGGAUAUCAGACAAAUAGCAACAUGUCAUCUCCACCCCCUCCUCCAGUGACAACUUUCAAUACCCUGACACCACAAAUGACUGCAGCAACUGGACAACCUGCAGUUCCCCUUCCUCAGAAUACUCAAGCACCUUCGCAAGCCACAAAUGUGCCAGUGGCACCACCACCUCCUCCGGCAUCUUUAGGCCAGUCGCAGAUACCUCAGUCAGCACCCUCAGCACCUAUUCCGCCAACGUUACCAUCGACGACGAGUGCUGCACCACCUCCGCCACCAGCAUUCCUAACUCAACAACCUCAAUCUGGAGGAGCUCCAGCUCCACCCCCACCUCCUCAAAUGCCAGCUACAUCAACAUCCGGAGGCGGUUCAUUCGCUGAAACUACUGGAGAUGCAGGUCGUGAUGCACUUUUAGCUUCAAUUAGAGGGGCAGGUGGCAUAGGCGCUUUGAGAAAAGUUGACAAAUCGCAGCUAGAUAAGCCCUCAGUUUUACUGCAGGAAGCACGUGGAGAAUCUGCUUCACCACCAGCAGCGGCUGGAAAUGGAGGCACACCUGGUGGACCUCCGGCUUCUUUAGCAGAUGCGUUGGCAGCAGCUUUAAACAAAAGAAAAACUAAAGUGGGAGCUCAUGACGAUAUGGACAAUGGUGAUGAUUGGUAA